GGGGCUUGCAGUGCUUCACUUUUCAUAUCAUUCUCUAUUGCUUGUUUCAUUGGACGCCAUUAUUAGUCAUUGAUGGAGAAAUAUGUGUAAAAAAAAUAAAAGGUCAUAGAAAAGAUGAUGUAUUAAAAGUUGGGAAAUGUGGCAUUCUUUACCAGAGGUCAUUAUCUGACUGGAAAACACCAUUUUAAUGGUGGACAUUGGUCGGGUAUAUGGUUUAUUAAAAUCAGGAUCAGUUUUUCCUUGGAUUAUUUCUUGUAUUUGGGUGAAAACAAAGAGGUCCUGCCACAAGUUCCUCAAAAGGUGAGAUAGGAAACUGCAGGGAGCUUAUUCUCUCGACGUCCCGUAUCUUUCCCCAAAUGAUGACAGUAUGAAGACUAAUGAUGCCUCUUGUUGUGUUCCCGAUAGCUCCUGCAGGAACGAGGAUAGGGUCAGGUUAUUUCACAUGCACGUUAAAACACAUUUAAUGCUUCGAAAUGGAGCAAUAAAACUUUAGAAAUUGUCAGAUCCUCGACUUUGUUGGUGUAAUUUAGAAACAACAUGAGUUAUACUGUACGUGGAUAAGUCUUGACCUCAUUGUCGUUGAUGUUUCUACAAGAUUUCUCCCCUUUCUUUCUUCUUCUCCACUUUCUCUGUAGCUCUCAACAGACUGUGGAAAAGUCCAUUAGUUGUUUACAUACUCCCACUUUCUCCUCCACUUGUGAAUUAAUGUUGCGAAUCAGACUGAGCGCUCUCCUCUCCUCUCCUCUGAGGGAGUUACUCACAUUUAAAAUCCCAUAAUCAAACACCUACGUGUUAAAUGGAAAGCCAUUAACACUAAUGGUAUACCUUGGACUGAGCCAAGAUGAAACCUUGAAGAACUUAAGACUAUCAGGGCGCCAGAAGGACUUUAUCCUUCACAUGUUGAGUCACUCACUCAGUCAGAUAUCAGUCAUUUCUUCGAAAAUGGGUGUUUUUCAAAUCUCUCAACCUCUCUGUGGUUAUCAGAAGGUCAGAGAUCUGAGCUAGUGGAAGUUUUAAAUCUGGAAAAGCAGGAAAACUCUUUAUAGUUUUUAUCUUCUGAGGGGUAGUAAGUGUCUCCUGAGUGAAGACAACACUGAUUUGUUUUAUGAGUUUGUUUAAAGACGUCACAUGGCGGACAGUCUGGCUCCUGAUUGCUGCCUUUGGAGUUUGACAUUUUGUUGAAGUAAUUUCUGGGUUUUCAAAAAUGAUGGACAGAAAAGGGAGUUUCAAAAAGCUAAAAGACUAUUUCUAUUUGACUGCUUCUAUUGUCCAAAAUGUUGAAGUCCUGACGGCUAAAUAAGAUCAUUCUCAGAGGGCAAAUUGUGAGUGUAAUGAUUAUCCUCAACGCCCUGGUCCACCAUGUUUCUACAGCAGACCACGACAGAGAAACAGAAGAACCGGACAGGUUUUUUGUAUUUGGUGGGCGAUUGUCGAAAUCAUACAUGUUGGCGUCUGAAGAAGUAGGUUGAGGUUGUUCUUGACAGACAUUUAAAAGGAGCAGUGUACCCAUCAUGCACCACGGGAGACUCUUGUCUUGGAAGGCUACAGCAGAGGUGAUUUUGCCACAACCUAAAUUACAGUUAAAUAUCACCAUUUACAAUUGAAGUAUAGACAUAUGUAAGGCAGAUGCCACCACUUUCAACACUGUUGUUACAUCGGCUAUAGUCUAAUAAGGGGAUGUCCUCUCCAGCUCUGCUGUCGUUGCACGGAUUGCAGGACAGAAUAUUGCUCCACUUCUCCUUAGAGUCGAGUAGCUCUUCAGACUCAGAUCUGUGCCUGCUGACUGACAUUAUUUCACGACUAUUAAGACGAGCCUGAGAUGUUGAUAGUUUUUUGGUCACAGUGUCAACAGGCAGAGGUGAAGUGUGGGGAUUAAACUGACAUGUGAGAUCGGUUUCUCUUCUUGCUGUUGAGACAUUUGCGAUGGUAAGCCAUCGGUUUCAGGUUACCCUGUCCGUACAUAGCCUGAUGUAGACCUCCUCAAUUGAUAAUUAGCUAUAACCCUCAAAUUAUACACCCAGAUCUCUUCACCAUGGUUUAUAAACAUUAUGAUCAAUAUAUCAGAAAUUGAGAUUGUAUUACCAUGCGUAGAUUGGAAUGGCCACAGAAAUAACAUGCUUAUUUUCCUAGUUCAUAGUUCUGAUUGUGUAUCAUAACAGCACUAAUUGGGGUAUUUUGAGUACCAACAAACCAGUUUAACUCAUUUUUAUAUGUUUUUUAGCGUUUGGGAUAUUUUUGGUCCUGAAAUUCUUCAGUAUCUUCAGUCUGAUGGAAAUCUGUGGUCACUGUGGUUCACUCUGGGCUCCAUCAUUUCCUUUCAAGGAAUUUCAACGACAUUCAUAUCCGACAGAUUUUAUCUCCCAAUUUGACUGGCCUGCCCAUGACUUCUCCCGUGUCUCACACUCAAAGCUAUUUCACUCUCCUCAGACAGGCGCUCAUGUGUCUGAAGAGUAAUCCUGAGGUUAUUUUUAGGACGCCCUCACCCCCUCCCCCUGCUGUUCAGAUGGUCCAGCCGGGCCAGAGGAAGGGGAGUGGUAGGGGAAAGGGGAAAUCUUCAACAAUGACUUCAUUAACAUGAUGCCCAACAUGACCAGAACGACUGGACUUUGCUGCUGCAUUGCCACACUGGAUUUAUGACUUUCUCUGUGGAUUUAAUUCUUCAAAUAUCUCUUGAUCCGUUGUCGGUUUUGGGGUUAAAAUGGAAGUUUGCUGAAGUUUCCUCAGUUCAAAUCGAAAGCAUGUUGAUCACAAGUGAGUAUGUGUUAAUAUACAGCUUAUAUGUAGUGUUAUGUUACAGACAGGGGUAUAAUAAGAGUCUGAGCUCCUCUAUUCUGCCUGUUUUCUUUCUGAAGACAAUUGACAAUUACUGCUUGAUGACAUCCAUUAAGGAGAUGAUUGCUUAAUUAGCUUAACGAUGGCAUUUAAUGAGGACCUGAUAGAGCUUUGAUUAGAUGGAAAGUGGCUCCUGGGCCACUUAUAAAAGUCCCUUCAGCUGUUUGUUGAAUCAACUGAAGGAAGAUUUGACAUAAGCAGGUACAUAAAAGACUGUAGCCAUGAUUUGCCACCAGUUAAAAACACAUUUUGGAGUCCAAACUUUUAUGUUCUCUAAGUUUUAUUGCAGUAGGACAGAGCUGUUUUUGAGUCAUGAAACCCAAGAGGAAUUCAAAGCACUCCAUUAUCCACUGAAAGAUCAUUGUCGUUCGAAGGCCGUGGGCCUGAAAACAUCACGAGCGAAGUUUUGAACUCUGGUGGAAUAAAAGCUUUUUCUUUAGCAGGAAGAGCGUAGGAAUCUCAAUGAAUGUGUGUGGGUUACUUUGAUAACCUGCUUAAGAAAACUGCAAGUAGUUCAGUUUCAUAGUCUGAAUUUGGAUCUUAAAACUUUGAGAAAAGAAAUCAAACGUUUUUAUCAAAAAGUUCAAAAGUUUAUUCUCAAAUCUUUGACCUAAACUCGCUUCGAAUUUCAUUUUUGUCCUCUGGCUUUAAGCUUUUCCUCCUUUGAACCCACAAUGACUUACAACUACAAAUUUUUCACAUCCUAUUAAUAUUGUAAGUUAUGUCUUCAAAAACCUUAAAUCAGUAACGUCUCUUUAGGAGUAAGAAAAUGGAGCAAUUCGUAAUGUGAGAGCUGAAACAAAAGACAACUGAUUACUUGAUUUGAUUUUUUAAUUUAUACUGGGAAACAGGGAAAUCAGUUUGUUGGAAGCUCUUAAAAAGGACUUAAGAUUUCAAACUAAACCAUAAAAGUCUCAAUUCCAGCCACAAAACAAGCAAUAGCCUGCUUUGAGAAGCGUAGUAUAAAUCACGAUGACUAGCUUCGUCUAAGACUUCACUGUGAAAGUCUUUUUAUAUUUGGCAUCUGGAGCAAAUCUAAGCUAUUAUGACUUAGAGUCCAAAUUUAACCAAAUCUUCCCAUAUCUGUAACAAGCUUUAGUAAUAAGCUACAGUAACUCAUUAGCCUAGCCGCUUAAAUCAUGCUAACACCCCAUUGGCUCAUAUUUUGUUAGCGAAUGUAACUUGAGUUUUACAAGUUAGCAAAAGAAAACAAAAUGGUCUAUUUGAAGUAAAACAUACUAACAACUGUUUCCAACAAAAGUAUAUGUGAAACACGCAGGAAGUAGGCUUUUAGUUUCAUUUUAAAAAAUAGUUUGUAUAUGUGUGACAGAAGUAAAAGGAAGGAUUUUGAUUGUAAUUUCCACAUCGGUUACAACAGUCUCCCGCUUCAAUUUUUUACAAUAAUUUUUAUACCUUGAACCCAAAAUAUGGAGCUUGAAUAAAAAAAAUGUCUCCUUUGUCACAAACUAGACAGUAUAAAACAUGAACAAAGUCUCAGUGACGCCCCCUACUGGUUUCAUCAGUGGGGUUUGGAGGUGUCCAGGUGGAAAGUGCUGACUCAGCCUAUCUUUCAGUUGACCUAGCAAAAGGUAAAGAGGCGAAGUCAAGACGGGCCUAUCGCCUCCUCACUAACAGCUUCAGUGUUCCUGAGUAAUGUUAAACUUGUAACUUUAAAAUUUGCAAAACUAAUGAGUUGAGGGGAAAAAAUAACCCCUGAAUGGCAAUGUGUAGAAAUAUGAAAAACCCAUAUACUGUACCUCCAAAAAAUGAAAUGACACAAAACAUGCUUAUUUGGAAAAAGAGAAGUUUGAAUAUCGGUAGGCUCAUGCCUCACUUUGUUUGGAAGUGGAUUUGAUGUGACAAUUCAGUGCAAAUGGGAUUUUGUAAGAUGUCUAUAAUAUUUGCCAAAUAAUAGCUGGUUUGAGUGCUGCAGUCGCUCUUUUGAUGGAGGAGGGCUUGUAAAAAGUGGUUACAGGGGUUGAGGUUGGCACUAUUACACAAAGGAGUAAUUUUGACCAUUUUACACUUUAAAUCUGAAGGAGAGCUCAUUAAACCUCCACCUCAGUGGGUGAAGGAAAUUGGGUCUAUUAUGUGAGGGAAUGAAAUCUGCAAGUAUUUGUUUUCAUUUUUUACCUGUAUUUUACCAACUAGUGGGGGACUUGGUGCAAAAAUCAGCACUGAUUAUAAAGAGGGUCAGUGUUUAUGUAAGUUAAUAUUCAUUGGCACAGUGAGAAAACACAAUCGUUCGGCAGGUUAGUAAUCGGCAGGUCAGCUGGAAGCAAAGGCUGGAUGGCGAACUCACCCAGCGUCAUGCUCAAGAUCUCAGCUGUGUAGUGCAGUUUAGUUUGGCCAUGUGACAGCUGGUUUUCUGCCCAGCGGCUCGGGCAGCUUGGCUUUGUCAUGUGUGUUUGUAUGAAAUAACUCUCCAAUUCCUCCAAUUUGCUCUCCGGUAACCUGAGAUUGUUUAUCUGAACUCGGUAAAGCUAUCUUUCCGCGAGGCCAACAGUGUUGUUAGCAACGGAUAGCAACAGCAUGCAGGAAUGAUUAUAUUGUACCUACGUAUGAGCUAAUGCAGUAAUAACUGCCAGCUGAGGUCGAGCCAAGAUAUUGUGUGUGUGUGAAUGAGAUUUCCUCAGACCGGGCUGCAGAGGUCUCCAAUCAUAAAUAGUAUCUUUUGCUUCAAAACCGAGCAUAGACUGAGUUUGUCCCACUGAAUAGAGGUCAUUAUCAUAACUGAUUUUAUCCAUCAGAGUCUUGUAUUGAUUGUUAUUGGACACACUUAAAUAGGAACAGACUGUACCUGAUUUUGACAUACUAACAUGUCUCAAAUGUACAAUACGAUCUGACGGAAAAGCUUAUGUCAGAGUUACGUAAACGAGAUUGCAUAUGUUGCGUAACAGUUUCCUGUCAUAUAUGCUACCACUGAUAUUUUUUUGUUUGCUGUAAAAUGAGUUCAAACUUUUUAAGGAGAUGUACACACAAGUCAUGCUCUGAUAUACAGAUGGAAAUUGAAGCAAAAAAACAAGAUUUUUCGAUAAGAUAACGCCUCAUCAAGCCAUCCUUAAAUUUAUCUUUGGGUUGUUUCUCCACAUCAGAGGUCUGCGCUUCCUGUCCUCAUCGCUAUCACUCAAUCUUCCCCAUUUGUUAGGGAUUAAGUCUUGACUCCACAGUAAUACUUCAUGGCAGCUGAGACUCUCACUGACAAUAGACGGGCAUUACAUUCACCUCUGCUGUGGUCAUUGUGAAUUUUUCUGGGGUUAACCUGCUCUGAUCUGUUGAAGUCAGUCUAGGUCAUCUUUAUUGGCUGAAUUUAGGCCCGUUCAGCUGAAUUUUUAUUAUAAAUCUGAACAACACUGUUUUUUAAGACUCUCAAGGUCAAAAUGAUUUAAAAUUAAGCGAUUCUUGUAACCAACAAACUUUGUUUAUUUGUAGACCAGAGCUCAAAUCACUCAGAAAACACAUGCUUUUCCAAACAAAGGCUAUCGGGUAUCAGAUUCUCAGAAAUCCAUUUUCAAGAGACCACUAAUGGAUAAAAUGGUGAAAUCCCAACUUUUUGGUCAACCCUCCUCCGCCAUGAUAAGGAAUUUUUCCAGAAUCAAAGGAAAUGAUCGUGAAAAGAAUGAAAAUUGUACCAAGAGAUCGAGAUUACAGCAAAAGAGAGACUGCAUUAGCUCCUUCUAGGGAUUUGCUUCUCUAAAUGUCCAUGAGUCAUGACAAUUUGUGGGAGUAAAUUGUCUCUGAUGGCACCAUAAUUGCGGAUAAACAUAAAGGACUUUGACCUGUUCAACCCCACAGAUCAUUACGACCAUCAUUGCAGAAGUGCCGUUUAUAAAAGCCUGAGAUUUUGAAAAAUUACCUCUUAAACUGUUAAAAAAAAUAACCGCUCAUGAAUUUGUACUUAAGCGUGGGUCAUUAGGGUUAUAUAGAGGAAGAUAAAAGAGAAUGAAAAAGUGACAAAAGUCUAUGAACUAUUUAACAUCUAGACAGUACAUAUCAAGCUACGUUCAGAUUGGUAGACACUCAGACAUUUGCAUGUGUUUUUUUUUUACCAUUCGAACGUCGAUAAAAACAUCCCCACGAGGAUGGAGAAUCAAACUCUUCAUACAGAAGCCAGAAAUGUCCAAAGACUUCAAGUCUAAUAAGAAAACAGCCGAUCUCAUCACGACUCACAGCUUUAAGACAAAAUCGGAUCUCCUUUUGUAUUUUAUAAACUUUUGCUGAUAAAAACUGGCUUUAUGCUGACAUUUCUCCACAUUAAAGUCAGCUCCCCAUGCUGUUUUUAAAGGUCACUGUCUUGAUUACUUAAGUCUUGGUUCAUCAGGUGAGUGUGCCUCCAGGGAUAUAUUACUCCAUCGUACACACCUAGCAUGAGUCACAAGAUGGAGUUUUGAUAUUUGCCCCUCCAGCCUUUCGUGACCGCAGACUUGCUAAACUUAGCUUUACAGAGAUGACUGGACUGACAGGGGAAUACCAUCAGAGAAAACAGGAGAGGGAAAGCAUGGUUUGCCAUUUUGACAGCUGACAUACCUCUGAUCUUCACCUCCCAAACCCUCUGGGACACUCUGAAGCGCCUUCCCGAUCUGCAAGCAAAGCAGUGACUGCACUUUAAACCCCAUGAGGACACGCAGGCAAUCAUUGGGAUGUAAAACUGGUGCGAGAUCUCUUUAAAAUGGUCUAUAUUAUAAGGCAUUUAAAAUAUAAGUGUCUUGUCUGUAAGUUUUCAGACAUUUUAGUUUAUGUGCACAUAUUCAACGUUUGGGAAGCAUGGAAAAGCAGAACUGUUGUUAAUAUCAUAACCCAUAAAACCACCAUCUUGGUUUUCGAAUUUCAUGUUAUAACCCUAAUGAAAAUAACAGAUAAUGGAAAUAAUAUUUUCAUAUAACCAUAUGCACGUAACAACAAUCAGUGUUACAAAUUUCUCACUCUCCCAAUUCUGUACAAGUAUCUAUAUGCUGUAUCUCAAGGACCGUAAUGGAUACAGAGAUGUACUAGGUACCAAUAUGUCCGCAAUACCCAACUUUAUAUUCAACUUCAAUAUGUGUAUGGGGCUUAAAAUCAAGGCAUUUUGAAUUAUAAAGGAAAAACCACAUUUUGGGGCGGACAUCUUGGAUUUUGGGGCCGCCAUCUUGGAAUUUUGCGUGGCUAACGUUAUUUUUGAAAAGAGUGGGGUUUGAAGAGUAUAUGUACCAAAUUUCAUGCUUGUAUAACAAAGUGAACGAUUAUUUCCUUAUCUGCUCAGCCAUAAAAUAUUAGUUGAGUCAAGCAGCACAAUAAUACACACAAAAAACUAGACGCAUUGAAUUUUUCUACAUCACAUUGAGAGAAAGGUAAGUGGUCUCAACUUUAAAAUUCUCAUUGUGUAUCUCUCUUAGUUUUUAUCCAAAGUUACAAAGAAGUUUGAGAACUUUGUAAUAAAACUUACAUGUGUUGAGCAUGUGGAGCUUUACAGGGGCACCAAAUCAGAAGUGAUGAAAAGGUUCAAAUUAAUCACGAUUUUCACACAAUAGUCAUUUUCUCUUGGUGUAGAGUUCAGGGUUGUAUGCUGAAAAUCAAAAGACAUACCUGUAACACAGAAAAACUAUGAAAAUAUGAAAAGUGUGAUAAAACAUGCCUCUCUGACCUUUAAGUGAUAAAUACAAUUAAAGGCAAAACAAAUAUGUUACAACUUUUUUCAUUUUUCUUAAGUAACAGCUUAUUUGUAAUCUACCAGAGUCUAGCUAACGCCACUUAACCACAGAGCAGUGUUGCAAAAUGCAAGAGUGAGUAUUGAUGGCAUAAAUGGAGAGACAAAACUCAAAAAUAAAAGAAUAUAGCACAAUAUUAGACUAAUAAACAUGGAUCGGCAUGUGAAAGUAUGGGAAAUUUAAGCAACAAUGUGGCUCAGCUAGAGUUGGAAAAACACACAAAAUAAGAAAAAGAAUUAAAUCAUUGAAAAAAAUUAAUGACACUGAUUCAUGAGUCAAAUAUUGUAAAUAUUCUACUGGCUCUACCGAACUAUAACUAUCUUAGAGCGAUCAAACGUCCUGUUGUCCCAGAGCAUGUCCUUUUUUUUAAGUCCUGUCCUUGCUGUCCUGGUUGUUUUUUUUACACAAAGUAGUGAAAAUGUCCUGGUUUUCAUUUUUUUUCAUUCAGAAAUGGGACUAAAGAUAUACAUAAUUUUUAUUAGUUAGUUUUGGUAAGUUUGUGAGAGGUAUUUUUGUUAAAGUUGAAUAUAGCAGAGGUAUUUUUUUAUUUACUCCUUUUUCUAAUACAGAAGAGACAUUAUUCCUUUCAUUAUUUAAGUCAUAAUUUUUUAAACUUGUCAUAAUAAAACAUGCUAAGUAACCUCUGAGAAGUUUAUCUAAAUGUGUGUCUUUGAUUAUCGGUAGUAUUUAGUGACAUAACAAUUUUCUAUCUAUACAGAGGAGGCAUACUUUAAAUGUAUUGAAAUUAAAAGGCAUAACUUCAAGUAUCAUUUGAGUAUCUCAUUGCUGGGUGAGUGUUCUGUAUGUAUAUGGUAACCCUAAAAUAACCCAAACCAUUUUUAAGUAAUUUGGUUCAAAUUUCAACAUCAUAACGCCAAAAUGUUGAAAAUAAAACAACUCAAAUCUUUAAAUUUUCUGAAUAACCUGCGUUUUGCAGUCCAGACAAGCAUACACCCAAACACAAAUGCUCCGCCGAGCACGUAACCUCACCGUCCUCGGUUCCUCUCAGCAUCAUGAAACCCGCUGUCCUAGCUUCCUGGCGCUAGCGAGGCGGAGCUGUGCUUAUCUCACUUCCAAAUCUCUUAUCAGAGCCUGGAGGGGCCAAAACACAACUUCCUCAGAGACAAAGCCGUCUGAAAAGGGAAGGGUCGGUGCUUGCUAUGGCCGUUCUAAACAGCCCAGUACCAGCAGAUAGCAUCUCCUCCGUAAACGUAAAGUGGAUUCAAAGGGUCCCCCUGAAUAUGGUGGUCAAGUCCAGUAAACAGAUUUGGAGUUAGUGGUGUUUCUGACAGAUGUGAAGAGUUUUGUUCCUCUCUGGACUCAUUAGUCACUUGGUAAUCAGGUCAGACAUGAAUCGAGGUCAUUCUGGUGGCUGUACUUUUGUUCUGGAAACCUUUCCAUCACCUCUGCAAACAAUGCAGUCGCUGUACCGCCGUUUGUUUUCGCCAGUCUCUAACACCGUCUUAUCACCAGAGUCUCUCCAACUCUCAGUUUAGGAUUAAUAUAUUUGGAUUUUCUCUUAUCAUUGGCGAGUUUUCUGCUCUGACUGAAUUUCAAGCACGCACCAUGCUGUUAGACAUCAUUUACCGGCCGCCCAUGUUUCGUUAGCUUAAGUUCCAUGAGUAUAAGCUUAGCAUGUACACAGAGAGCAGCGAUCGAUAUAGUUCAGACAAAGUACCCAUCAACACUGAAUAGGUCGUUAUCACUUUUUCACCAAGUAAAUUAACCUUAGAAACAAAGAAGAGGCUGAGUUUAAUUAACUGAAGACAAAUAGUUCAAGACUCCAUUAGGAUUUAUUGACCUGCUGUGUGUUAUUCUUUUAGCCAACACAAACAAAACAGGGAGGAGAGCAGACCUGUUUCAUUCUGUAUCUUACUCAUAAUUCACAGAGAUAAUGUGAAGACAAUGCAAAAAAUAAAAAUAAAAAGGCUAUUUGGGGAGAGGAGCAGCACUUCAACUCCAGCUUAUUUCUCUUUAACUUGCUUGUGUAAUACUCUGGGUUUCAUUUGUUUUAUACUGUGUGUGUGUCUUCUUUUUAUGAAAAGUUUACAACCAACUGAAGAACUUUCUAUCAAUCUUUACUCAUCGUUAAAUGGUUUGUGGCAUGUAUUUAGAGCUUUGUUUGUAGGUUUAGGUGGCAGUGGUUAACACAAGAAGCAGUGUGGUUGUUUACUGUUUGUAGCUUUGAUCUGAAGAAACUUGAGCUGAAGGAUCAGGACUGUGUGCUGUGUUGUAUAAUGAUGCAAACAAAUUUUGUGGACAUGUAUUGAUGCCAACACAUUGAUUGAAAUUUGCUUUUCUUGGCUGUUUCACUCACAGAACUGGCUCAUUUCAAAAACUGAAAUUCAACAUUAGACAAAAUUAAACACAUUUUAAUGCAAUAAACUUGUUUUUAAGGUACAAACUUGUGGCAACCAGCAUCGUUAAGCCCUUUGCUUUUGUUCUGCACACCCCACGCUCACACUUCCCUCAGUCCUCAUAAAUGUGGAGGAAACUCAGCAUCCUGUUUAGACCCCUUCAUUCUGAGUUUAUACUGUAUUUGUAGUGCUGUGCUGUUACUCCUGUAUUUAUCAGUGUGUACACAUAAUUAUUAAUAAUGCAUUCAUAAAACUGUAUCGAAUUAGGACACAUUUUGCAGGGAUUAUACUGUAUAUUAUUAGACAUUAUUUGAUAAAUCUUUCAUUUAAUUUUACUACUUUUGCACCAAGUUCUGUCGAAAUGUCAAAAGUUAUCACCAAGCUUUGUUAUUGAUAAGCAGAAUCAGUAUUGAAAUCCAUGUCAAGUCCUCAUAUUGACAAAGUUAGACCUCUCUUUUCCACUUUCUGGUUGACCAAAAUAAAGAGAUGGUCUUUGGCUGGUAGAAGCUGAAUUAAGCAGUUGAAGUCCGGUAUCCUUAUUUGUGUUUUGCUAGUUUUUGAGGCCUCUAAGCUGCAAAGAAACCCACUUCAUCAACAUCUAAAAUUCUUGUAGCAUGUUGGGAAAGAUAUAAAACUCAGAUUUCUUCUCCUACGUCUUGAUCUUACUGACUUUUCGUUCACCACACAUAUCUCAGUUGUACCCACACAGCAACUCCAAUCCUUUUAUAUCUCCGCCCUUGAGUGGUUUAGUUUUGAAUACAUUGCUCAAGGACUUUCAGAUAAUUCUAAUAACAAUAACCUCUAACUUUCUCUCCACUGAAAUGAUUCCCCGUGGGCUUUAAACAUUCGUAACCUCUAUCGUUUUAACAGAGGCUCCCACCAUAAGCUCUGAGCCAGGGCCGCCUUUGAGCAUCAAGUAAAGUGGAAAACUGGUUUAAACAGCGAGAGCUUUUAACUUAUGACCCUCAAGGUUGCAAAAAUGGCAGUGUGUAUUUUUCUAGUGUUUGUUAUAGAUCAGGAUGGUGCUCCAAGUGAUGUGGGGGCCUCUUUAAACUCAGGGCUCUGACUCUGGUACAUCCACAUAUCCCUGGAUUUACAGAUCCCCUCACGGACAUGUGAGACCGCCGCUUGGCAAGCACACUUUAUCCCCUCUCUAUCUCGAGUGUCACAUCUCCAUCGUGAUGCCAGAAACAGGCUCUGCACUCAGUCAUUUCACAAUGACGUUUAACCCCCAGACUACUGGACAUCUAUCUCUACUUUCACUGUAUUUGCAUGGCUGUAUCAUCUGCUUCAUGUAUCAUGCUGUAAUACACAUCAGGACACUGAAGCGUGUUUCCUAUCUGAGUGAUAAUACAGCAACUGUUUUUAGUCUUAUUAUAUAAAAAAAUAUGUAGAAUUAAGUCAAGUCAAUAUUUAUUUAUAAAGCACCUUUAAAAGACAGCAGUCAACAAAAUGCUGUACAUGGGAUAAAUACAAGAAGUAAAUAAAUAGAUAACAAUAAAAAAUCAAAUUAAAAACAGUAGAAUAAGAUACAGACAGUAAAUGAAUGAAAGCUACAGUGCCUAGAAUAGAAGCUACAGAAAUAAGCACAAAGAAAUUACUGUUUAAGGUUUUGUAUCUAAAAAACUACAAUGUAAUAUGUUGAUUCAUAUUCCUGUCUACCUUUUACCCAUAUCCUGUUGAUGUUUUCAGUCCUUCAAAAGGGUUAGAAAAAACAAAAAAAAACCUCCUUAACAUUACAUCGGCGUCCAGGCUGAACAGAGCGAGGUCUGCUGUCACCAUGUUAACCAGUGGGAACCAUUUUUUAUAAUUCAAUGCAGCAAAACUUAAAGAUCUACUGCACAUGCAAUUUUUAAAAUAAGUCUUAUUAAAUUAAAUCUGGUAUUCCCCGAUUCUAGUAAAUUCAUCCAGUUCCAAUAAACUAGAUACCUGAAUCUUAACCGAACCUGCAGCUCUGAAGAUAACACUAUUAGACCGGCUACACACAAGAUGAGUUUUAGAUCUUCACCAAAUUUUAAAAGAUCAAAUAAUAAUCAUUAUAACAGUCCUUCUACAAUAAGUCGUUUAUAUGCAGAUGUGUGGCUCUGUUUCAUAACCUAAUCUGUUAACACCAUGUGCAGAUUUGAGCUCAGGCUACACUAUCUUUGACUGCUCAAAAGUGCGAACCUCAAACUGUAUAAAGGAUUAACAAUUCUGCUGAUUGUGACAUGUGACAUAAUUGCAUAUUAAGCAGAUGAAGCCAAGGCAUGCACAGAAGCUACAGGAGUGAUGUAAAGCCUUUUCCAAAGCAUGCAUUUAUCUCACCUGUGAAGCCCAACAAUUACUAAAGUGGGUACAGUUUUCUCUACAUGAGCAGUACUGCAGCCAGUAGGCAGGGGGAGCUCUAAGUGUUUUGGCGUCAGGGUCAGAGAAAACUUGUGGCACACAAAAACCUUUUUGGUGUAGAUUUUGCAGUGCAGUGGAAAAUUGUGCUGCUAUAUAACAAUGAUAAUUAUCUUCAAGACCAGGACCUGCUGUUCUUCAUUUUUAAGGGUUUCACUUUAAUUCUUAAAAGUCAAAAUGAGUGAAUUAGUACUGCCAGUCUUACAAUGUCUGAUUAAUUAGUCUUUUGUAUCAUAUCUCCAUUUUAACAACCAAUUGACAACUACUUUGCUGCUCUGUGGCCUCUAAUGCUGUCUUUUCAUGCCUGUCGUUUAGAUUUUUGACACUUCUGCUGAAUGUUCCCACCACUGUUUACAUGUCUGGACCAUCUGCUUUGUGUCACGACUGUCUCCUGACCCAUAGGGAGUCAGAGGAAACAACAAGGCCACAUCCUCCGCUGAGUUUCCAUCCCGCUCUGAGGGGAAUUUUAGAAAAACUUCUGAGAAGUCACAGAAAAAUAGAUGUGAAUUAUACGCCUUUCAUUCAUCCCCGCAGAAGUGAAUAAGCAGGCAGUAAAAAAGCACAAAAAGUGGAGAGAGCCAAUCCGUCAUGGGCAAACUGCUGUUGUUGUUCUUUAGUGGGGACUAAUGUCGACCAUAUUUCAUGCUGUCUGAAUAUGAAAACAAGAAAUGCCCUUGGCAGUUUUUUCACAAAGACGCAUGAGAGAGAAAGAGAGAGAGCAGGUUUUACAUUUCAGGGAGGUUUGUGGGAGACAAAUAUUUUCAGACCUCUCAGAAAAUCCAAAUCCUCGACUAAAGCCGAGCAGCCAGACUCAGAAAAUGAUUCUUGUGGCUGCUUAUUGUAAACAUCCGGGAUCAGGGAAACAUUUUCAUGCUUCAAGAGGGACUGUUUUAUUGUAUUUUUCUUCUCCACUCAGCCUUUUCUAAUACUGCUUUAGAGUCUCCACAAAACUCUCCACUGAAGUGGAGGUCGGGGGGUUGUAUACGUACACAGCCCAUGCUUGUCUAAGUGUGUUCUCAUCAUGAGUGCGUUUCGAAGCUUUCUUAUGUCAAGCACCCUAUCAGGUAUCCAGGUAUGCGUGUUUUAUUAAGCUUUACGGAAAAGCUGCAGACAUCUUAAAGGAAGAGGAGAGGCUUGUUAUUAAUCUUUCAACCACGCUGCUGAAGUGGCUUCUUAAAGCUGGAACAAUUUCUGCCAUUCAGAAAGAAAUCUUGAGGCAUCAGACCUAACUAUCCUGAGAGUCGUCUGAAAUGACUUUUGGGGGUUGAUAUCACAUAAUUUAGCUUUUUCUGUUGCAGAAAUAAAUAAAAAAAAGAUCUCGUUUUUGUCAGUUUGUUCAUUCGUAAUCAGCAAAAUUUCCACACUUUGGUAAAACCUCAUCCUCAUCACAUGACUCUUGACUCCAAGUUUGUCGUGAUGUGAAGUCAAAUCCUUGCUUUAAUGGUUUCUGUACUCAUUUAGCUGUUAUGUACUGACUUGACUUGACUUGACUUGAUGGUUUCUAAAUACGAUUUUCUUUCUUCAGUUAUUUUAAUGUGGGAUGAGGCUGUUUGUUGAAUUCUUGGUCACCAACAUUGUGUCAAAGUUUUCUUUAGCUCUGUAAAGUCACAUUGUUGUACCACAUUGUGUUUUUAAUUUAAUAUAAUGAGACGUUUUCUCUAUUUCAAGGUCAAAUUAAGAGACUUAAAUGUUUGACCUCAAUCUGCAUUAAGCUCAACAAACCAGGUAGAAAUAAUAUUCCUAUGCAUGUUUAAAAUUGUGUAUAAUUACUUGUUUUUGGUCAUUUAAAAAAAGACUUUGAUAUCUAAGUGAUGAGCAGGUACUUACGCACAGACAAAUUAGUAGCAUACGUGUUUUUGUAUUUAGCAUGUGGCUGCAUAAAAUGCGCUUGUUGGAAAAUGGAGAAGAAAGUAUAUGAAUUGCUAAACCCUUCUGAUGGUCAAAAUUUGACAAUGAGCUGAAGUCCCGUAAGCAAAGAGUCCUACAGAGGUGAUUUUAUGCGGGUUCCUUUUUCUUUUUUCUGUUUGAAUCAUGAGCACAUGAGUCGCGUGUGAGAUAAACAACAUCAGAGAGUGAAGUGAAGCAGAUGGAAAGAAGAUGAAGAGGAGUGAAACAUGAAUAAAAAUCUAUUUCCCACUCUCUCUGAAGCUCCCCUCCCCACACUCAACCAAUUAGCAGUAAUUAAAAUGGCCUCUUCCAAGUGUCACAGAUAAUUAAUAGCCUGUGUGUGCCUCCAGUUUCCCUCUCGCAGUGUAUUUUUUUUCUUCGCCCAAAUGCAAAUGUAAUUAAACUUCAUAAACAGACGACUGAUUAAGUGCAAAUAUUUGCCCUCUUAAAAUGGGCUGAGCAUGAAAUGAUGAUAAUUGAAUCUUACUCUGUUUUCCUCCUCGCUGUUUGCAGAGAUUGAAGCCAAGGAGGCCUGUGAUUGGCUGCGAGCGGCUGGCUUCCCUCAGUAUGUGCAAUUAUUCAAAGGUAAAUACGAGUCUGUCACUGUAAUCCUGUUGCAAACACACAAACACACACAUACGAGGGGAUAGAGAUGAGUCCAAACAGCGUCUCAGGCAGCGUCUUAUUGUUUCAUUUGUCUUGUUUGUGUUUCAGACUGCAGGUUCCCCAUCGACAUCGAGUGGGCGAAGCGUGAUCACAACUUCCUGGAUAAAGACGCCCUCGAUUCACUCUGCAGGUAAACUUUACUUUUCUACACAAACAGUGUACACAAGAUGAUUUGUUGAGCAGCUUUUACAAUCCUGUCAAAUCAAAUACAAUCAUGCAGCAGGGAGUACUCUCUCUAAACACAAAAGAAAAUAAACUCUGACACCUGUUGUCUUUUCUGGUGUGUAUCAUUAAAUUAGAUUUUUGUAUGUUUGCUUUUUUUAGUUUUUCUUUUUUAUUGAACGGUCAUCCGGGUGUUGAAAUGUCAUGAGGUAGUGGUUAAAUGUGCUCUGGAUGUAGCUAAUGGGCUGUCAAACAUGGAUGGAGUGCUUCUCGUUCUUUGUUCCAUAUUUUUGUUGGAGCAAAAAAUCAGAAAAUUGAAACAAGCCGGGUUUGUUUUUUUCAGUUUGCAACAACAGAUAACAAAAUAAGAGUUAUUAGAUUAGACUAGUUUAGAUUAGAUUCAACUUUAUUGUCACUGAACACAGUGCAAGUACAGGAACAACGAAAUGCAGUUUAGCAUCUAACAAGAAGUGCAAGGUAAUAAAGUGCAACGUAUGUACAUAUGGGCAGUGCAGGUAUGAACUGAAUAUACAAUAUAUAUGUGCAAUGAAGAUGCUAAAAAUAUAUACACGUGUUGGUUACUGCAGGUAUGAGUAGGCUAUACAACAAAAAAAAUUAUCUAUAUUACGUAUAUUAUCUAAUUAUCUAUGUAUACAGUACACUGAUUAGUGCAGGUGCGAAAAAGAGAAAAUGCUAUGAAACAGUAACAUAUUUAGGAGUAUGAGUAGGAAUAUGUACAGUUAUUAAAUAGAUAGUUGGAUAAGAUAUAUACAGAUACAGCAGAGUGUGAUUAGUCUCAGAUGUAAGUCUCUGUUUUCUCAUAUUUGAUUUCAUGCAGUAAAAGUUCAGUCUGGUUUUUGCCAGGUCUGCAUCAGAUCUACAACGCAGUGGCCAACAUCACUUCAUACAAUGUCGGUGCUCGCCAGUUUCCAGUCUAGUUAUGUCCCUUCCAUGUUGGUAUGCAGGAAACCAUGGCAACUCAAUCUGGGUGUGAUUUGUUUCGAGUCUGGGCUGAUAUAUUUUGCUUUUCAAUAACAAUGUCUACAACCAAGCAGACCAAUCACAGGGCUUGUGGUCCACGUCGUUUCAGAUGGUCGUUGUGUUUUCGGAGGAGGUGCGUGUUGGCUUUUUUGUAGGCUCAGAGCUACAUGGGCGAGGGUUUUUACUAGCUAGUUGGCAAAUUGAAUCUCUAGUAGGUAUUAUGGGUUAUGGUCAGCUUGUUGAACCAUCAGUACUGCAGGGAUGCAGGCGGGUGUGCAGCAUAAGGCGCAUUUUGUCAGAAAAGCCAGACAGUUAUUUUCUCUAAAAUGUGUUUUUAAAUAGUGUGACAUUUCACUGCAGAGUGCUUAAGAUGAUUGUGUCGAUGACUGUUAUUUUCUCUGUGCCUAAUUCCCGUUCUUUCGGAGUCUUGACACAGAAGCUUGAAACAGGCUUUAUUCAGAUACAUAAAUCAAUCAAAAACCACUUUGAUUGGAAUUUAUCGGACAUUUUGUUUCCUUAGUUUGACUCCGUGUCUCAUCUGUUGACAUUAAGGGGGCGGAGCUUUAAAAGUUUUCUCUUUGGGGGACUUUUAUGUUGCCCGUCUCUCAGUCCAGCCUGUGGUACAUAUACUUAAUAUGCAAAAAUGCUUUUUUAGAAGUCCAUUGUUUAACAGCCUCCCUCUUUCCUCUCUUCCUUUUCUUUUAGGAGAUUAAGCACUUUAAACAAAAGCGUGGAAAUGAGGCUGGAGCUGCGGAGAUCAAAACGCAGAGUGAGUGCUGAGAGCAAACACAGAGAAACUCAAACACAGUAGGGGUCUCAUGGGUGUCACACCGUGAAAUCUGCUCAUUAAACAUCAGCUGAUUUUGACCGAUACAAAGUGAUGAGUGCUCCACCUUCUGCUCCUCCUCCUCAUCAUCGUCUGUUUCUCUCUUUGAGAAAAAAGGGGGGAAAAGGAGAAGAGGGAAUGUUACUUCACAGAGCGUCAAAACACCCCUACAGUAUUUUAUGUGACAUAAAAUCAUUAAAGGAUCAGUCAGGUUGAUUCGUAAUACUUAAAAUGAGAUGAAGUCUCAGCCUUGUGAACAGUUUCCCUAUUAGACUCAAACAAAAAAUUGGUCGUCUAAUUUCCGAUCAUUCUAAUAGAUUUUUAUAAACACUAAAAAGGAAAAAAAUCAACUCCAUAAGACCAAAUUUCAAACUGGAACAACCUCAUCUCACGACAACCUACUUCCCAAGUUAAAAAGUUAAAGGUUAAGUCUUUUCUCGAUUAUAUUCUUCAUUAUUUCUUCCUGUAAAAAGUUCUGGAAAAUUCUUGAAACAAGGUUAUCUGUUAUCACACACACACACACACACACACACACACACACACACACACACACACACACACACACACACACACACACACAAUUUUCUUUCGCAUCUUCUCAAGAUGUCACACACAAAGGUCUGAAAUUAAAAGCCAACAGGAGAGUGCAUGACAACUGCAGUUCCUCAGACGGCCACUUGAGGCUUUGUUUCUAGUGUAUAUCAAUCCCCAUGGAGCCCCAUGUUAAUAAAGUCAGGUGGUGACCUCUGGUGUUGAUAAAUGGAGCUUGUUCCAUGAGUGUUUAGUUAUGCAGACAUCUGAUGGUCUGAACCUCUUCAUCCAGGGAGACGACUGUGAUGAGGAAGACUUCUGCGCCAUCAGCCCCAACUGGACCUACAAUAGGCUGACACGACGAUGGCGACGCGUGGACUCCGCUAUGGACAUCUUCAACUUGCCGGACAGUCCUACAGGACCCUCGGAUGUGUCUCUGUGUGAUGUAGGAGACCACCACGAUAUCUGCUCCAUCCACAGCUCCAGCAGCACGGAGAGCGAAGGCCACAACGGACGCAAUAUCCGUCAAAAAGACGCCGCUAACACCUCAGCAGCCAAUGCCAGAACCGCAGACGACCAGGAGACCAGCGGGAGCUCCUCUCGCUGUUCCUCCAGGAACAAGACGCCAUCCCUGGACACCUCAUUCAGUGGACCCCCCUCCCCCGGUGAAAGUGGCGGAGGAUCUUCUGCAGUGAUUCUGGAGGCUGAGGGCUGCUUUCCUGAUAAACCGCCAAGGAAGAAGGGCUCCAGUUUGCUGAAGAAGAUGGAGAAGCUUAGGCUCAGGGGGACUAGUGGUCUUCUGCAUAGUGGAGGAGGGGGUAACAGCGCGGGGCAGACCAGGCAUGUGAUCAGUGGACCAGUCCUGGUGCAGGAGGAGGACAAGAUGGAGAGGCUGCACUGCCCGUCAAGGUGAGGGACAGAGACUCUGAUAUCUCUUCACUGUAGUCCACUCAGGUAUUUAAUCCAGUCUGUUUUGGGUGGUCUCCCUGAGCAUUAACCUUUAAACCACCUUUAAUUUGUGGUCUCCAAUGAUCUCAGUUAAGUCAGCAACAUGCAGUUUCUGUGCAGCUGUGUAGCGCUUCUGUGAACCAUCUGUUUCAUCGAUUUUCUCCAUGUCAGUUUUCUGUUUUAACAAUGAAAACGUCCCCAAAGAGACAAGACUACGAUCAAACUGGAUGAUAGUUUUGUGCAUUCCCUGAUUAAUUUGCCUGGAAUUGUGCAUGCCCAUGACAAAGCCUGGUGCCACCGCCAUGGCGCCACCGUCUGGAUGAAAUGAUGUCAAGGUAUCUGGUAGCUGAAGGCAAAAACUAGAGUGACACACAAAUCCCCAAUUAAUGAAUAACAAUAAUUUAAAAAAAAACCUUUUGUUUUUUUUAAACUGAGAAAAUUGAAUGAGGAUUGUAGGAACAUAAAGGUUAAUUGUUAAUUACAUCAAGUUUAGUAACGUGCUGAAGCUCGUUCUCCUCACUAAUUAUGUACUUUCUUUAUUUUCGUAGUCUGAAAGGUCAACCGGGCAGUCGUACAUCCUCGUCUCCCUCCUCUCCUCACACCCUCAGCAGCACCAACAGCAGUAACAGCCAAUCAGAGAGCAGCAGCACCGUCAGCACACCAAGUCCUGUCGCCCGGGUCAGAAGUAACUGCAAACGGUCCAACAGCGGUGCCAGAGACUCACCGAGGAACAACCAGAACUACACGGGAACAGAGGUCAGGGUCGGAGAUAUGAUGGAAAAGUCAACUUCAAAUGCUCCGUUUGAGUUUUGUUGUGUUUUUCUUGGUGAUUGUUGACUUUUGUUUCCCUCUCAGGAGUACAAGAACCAGAUCAACAACAAUAACAACGUCAGCCACAAGAGUCUGGUCUUCCAGAUCCCUCAUGGACACAAACCAGGGACCUUCCCCACCUCUCUGGCCCACAAACACACCCUCCUGUCCCCCAUCAUGGACUCCUCUGUCAACUGGAGGACCGGGAGUUUCCACGGUUACCAAAGGCGAAACAACAGUCGGCGUGGCCCUUCAUCUCUGGCCGCCAGUGUCCAGGACCCCUCAUUGUCUUCCUCCACUGGUAACGUCGGAGUCCCCAGCCCGCUGGCUGUUCUGGACCAUCGGCUGAGUAUCUACGACAACAUGCCUGAUGACCAGCAGCUGUCAGGAAGUGAGGCCAGCAGUGGGGGGAGUGGCAGUGAUGCAGAACGGAUCGGGGAGGAGUCCGAGGUGGGUCACUUUGUUUACAGGUUGAUUUUUUAUUUCUCAGGACGAUAAUCGGACACAGUAGACUUAACAGAUUUUGGGUAAAUCAUAGCAUAACUUCAUUUAUCUCGUAGUUACAAAAACUUCAUAUUGCCUUCUGUACAGCCACCAAACUCCAUAGACAAUAGUGGCAACUUUGCUGCUUCCAGCUGUAAUGAUGCUUUUGUCUUUUAUUUUGUAGUGUGUCACUGAAAUAUUACUCUGGUAUAACUAAAAUAGGUUAAUAUUUAAAUUUAAGGAAUAAUUUAAACACCUGAGACUCAAAAUGAGACAAACUGACAAAUAAAAAUCAGCAGAGGAUGACCAGCAAGAGACUUGUUCUGUGACGUUAAAGUACAGUUUUUAUCAGUGGGGUUUGGUUUGGUGUCUGGACCAAGUUUAUAAACAGGUUUUAAUAAGCAUGUGUAGAUGCAGCAAUGAGCUGUGUUCACACUCAGUGAUUUUGAACCCAUGCAGUGAUUUCCACUACAGAGUCACGCCUGUUUUAAAUGCGAUCUCAGCUAACCAGUGUUGCUUUAUUCAGCCUUGUCCCUUUUGAACAGAUUUCUCAAUUUCUCCUUAUUUCUCCCACAAUUUUAUGCAUUGUUAUUAUUAUCAUUUUUAUUAUUUUGCAUUAUUGAUGGUUAAGUCCUCAAAUCCUCCUGGUGAUUUGUCUUUUUCAAUGUUUUGUUGUCCCUUUCCCAACUUUCUCGAAGGUGUUGCUGGAAUUAAAUCUCAAUUAAGGGCCACAUUUUUCAGUCUCAGCAUUACAUGUUGUUUCUGCUCUAUUUUGAAUUUAAGAUAAAGUUUGAACGGUUUGUAAACCAGCAAAAAAAAAGUCUUUUUUUUACCAACAUUUUCUUCAGCCUUCGCUUGGAAACGGGGCUUCACUUUUUGCUGCUAUCAAAUGAAGUAAUCCACAUCAGCUGAUUUAAAACUCUUUGAACUUUUUAGUGAUUUAGACACCUAAAAAUGGAAAAUCAUGACCCGGGUUUCUUUUUAUAACACUUUUCUACUUGAGACGCUAUAUUGGCAAUCAUCAGUGUGACGUACACCUGUGAUUUUCACUCUCUGUAAUGACCUGAAGAGGUUUCCAAAGUUUCAUUAUUACCUAAUAAUUUCUACAAAGAAGUCAGUGUCAAUACAGAUUUGAUGGCUGCCAUCUUUGUGUCAGAACUGGCUCCAACUUUUCCAAAAUCACUUAAGAAGACGUCUGAAAUGAAAAUGAUUAAUGUAACCUGUCAGGAAAUACUGUAAAGUUUAAUCUGAGAUGGGAAAUGAUAUGAGCUCUCAGAAAUGGUUUCUGGCCCGAUUGUAAAACCCCGAACUGUUUCUUUUUUUUUUUUUUCUCUUUUAGAUGAGUCAGCUGUUGGCGGGCGAAGACGUUUUCUCCGCUCUUGACAGCGUUUUAGAGAGAAUCAGUGACCUCCAACAACUGGUCUCCACCUGGUCUGAAAACCUGUCUGAAGACGAGUGUCAAAGAGCUUCCUCCUCCUCCUCUUCCUCCUGUGCCUCCUCUUCUCCACCUUCCUCCCAGGACUCACCUGCUCAUGGCUCCUCAGCCGCCUCCCCCUGCCCCUCCUCCCCCUCCCACAUCCACCUGGAGGUGCAGCAUCCGGAGGAGGCGGAGGAGGGGGUACCAGCUGAUGAAGAGGGGCAGAAGACAAGAUCAGCCCAGCCCAGGAGCAGGUGAGAAAACCUUGGAGUGUAAUACAAGAAAUAAAAAGUGCAAUUAAGAGGGAUUUCAUUUAUACAGAGCAUAUCAUAUUUCACAAGCAGUAAAACUGCAAGUGUUUCCCAAGUGUUGGUGAAAACAGAUCAUUAAAGAGGCUCAGGAGCAGCAGGAGUGACAUUUAAGCUCCUCAGUUAAAGGUCUAUAAAAAACACAUUAUUGAACUCCUGAUAUUGACCUUUAUAUUUCAAAACACACACCUCUGUGUCCAUCAGAGAACAAAUAAUGAGGAUUUACUCCCUCAGGCUCAUAGCCACACUCUUAAAGCAGUAAACUCACGGUGAAUAGUUUGAUCGCCUCUUUAUACCGCAGCUUUUAUGUCUCUUAGUUGUUGCAUAUUUGUUCUUGGAUAUAGCGCGAUAAAAAGUUAUGAUUCCUCUCUUGUAAUAUGAAGUCAGCCGUAUCAUCUGUGUAUAAAUGCUGAAGGACGACGCUUGUUUCCUCAUUUCCUGCUCUGUGUGGGUUUUACAGGCUUAGUUUAAUACGGGAGUCCAAUUACCAGGAUGUCCGUGUGUGAAUGUGUGUGUGUUUCUGAAAAUGCCUUUUAAAGACAUAGAGAAACCUGCAUCCAGCUUAUUAGAGCAGUUUUAUAAGGGAGUCGAAACAGAUCACACCAUUUAGGUAAGAGACAAGAUUUUGGGGCUGGUUUGUAUGAGACAAAAAAAUACAUUUUUCAUUUAAAAAAAAGUCUUAAUCUAUGAGAAUGUGAGACAUAAAUAUGAGAGAAAUAGUUAAAACUGUUAGAUAAGAAACUGAAAUAUUCUGCAUUUGAGACAAAAAAGUUAUUACUGCAAGAUAAAAUGUCAUAAUUAUGAGACUAAGUGUCAAAAUUAUGAUAAUGAGUCAAAAAGAAUGAGGACAAAACAUAAUUUCUGUAAAAGUCGGUCAUAUUUAUGAGAUAUAAGACACAAUUAUUGUUCUAUAAUUGACUUUUGAUGACUAGCUUCUUUAUAUUUUCAGCUUUUUGUUUCAUAAUUAUGAUUUUAUUUCAAAAUACUGACUUACCUUCUCAUAUUGAUGACCACUGGUCUCAAACUUUUUAGUGAGAUGUGAAGGCAUGAGUUCAAGAUAAAAAGUCAAAGAGAUAAAAAGCCUGAAUUUUGUCAUAAACAGUCUAAUGAUGAUAGUAAAACUGCAGUAAUGAGAUUUUACCAUUUAAAUCUAUGAGUCACUCUGUCUUAUCGAUGAGAUACUGAGUCAUAACUUUGAGAUAAGGUAAAGAGUAAGUCUUAACCUUGUGAUAAAAUCCUAAUUAUUAAACAGCAAAAAAAUAAGUGAUAAAUGAGAGCUUAGGGAGCUUUAAAUCAAAGUCAUACUAAUGAGAGAGAAAGUCCGAUUUGGAGAUCUUAAACCCAAAAUUUACAAGAAAGUCGGGCUUUAUCUUCACAUGAAAAGUGAUCAAUUUCAAGGUAAGAAGUGGAAACUACAACAUAAUCAUCAUUAUUUGACAAAAAGUUCAGAUCAUGUGAUCAUCUGUCCAAGUUAAGAGGUAUGUGAUCUUACAUUUGACAGUAAUUAGUGGAAAUCAUGAGAUAUUGCUCUCAUGGUAGGACUUACUACUACAUAUGUGGUGAUUCAUUUCUGUAUUUUCAAAAGAGGAUGCUGCAGAAAACUCUGCUACUGUCUGAAAAAAAUCUGUUUCUACACGAACAAUGACAUGGUUUACAUCUCCCCAGUUAACAACUGGAACUUAAUUUUCUUUGUUUGUGUCUAUUUUGUGCACCUAAUCCGUCCUCCCCUGCUCUGUUUCUAGCAGAGUCAGCCAGCAGCUGCACUGGUCCAGCGAGCAGAGCCUGCCCUCCCUGCCCACCAGCCCAGGAAUGGAGAGCCAGUCUGUGUCCCAGUUCCUCUUGCUGCAGAAACUCUCCCUGCUCAAACUCACCGCUCUGAUGGACAAAUACUCCCCGUCCAGCAAGCAGGGCUGGAACUGGUAAGACCUGUGAGGACGGGACAAUUUCGGGCGAUUUCAUGUGAUGUGAGAGUUCGGCUGGGGUCGAGGGCAGAGUUAGUUCUCUUCCUGAAUUUAUUUUUCUCUUGCACAGCUGCAUGGAAAAACUUCUUCAAGGAAACAACCGUGGAAAGGAGGGCAGGUGGGCGGGAAGGGGGGUAAAUAUUUCAGGCAGCCUAUUUAGAAGUUCAUUCAUUAUUCAUGGCUCAGGUGCAACCUUGCCUCGGCCUAAAAAAACAGAAAACAGCAACAUGCUUUGGGAUAAAUAAACUACUUUCCAAAGUUUAAAAAAAAACAGAAACAAGCCCCUGAGGGAGUGCUGGUGCCUCACCUUGGUUCUUUAAUGCGGAGAAAUCACAGUGAAGUUUGGUCCUGUCAUAUUUUCUGCUUGCUGGUUAACUGCUGAGGCAUUAUGAACUAUUUAGAGCUUCUUUCUCCUUCCUCAGGGGGUCAGACUGCUGAAUAUCCGUCCUUCUUUUAUUCUGGUCUUUACUGCUCGUACUCACUGAAGGUCAGCACAUGAUAGGAGUGAUAUCUGCUGAAAGAAAAAGGCUUUUUUCUUUUCCUACCAAAGUAAAAUUGUAAAGACUAUAAAACGUGCUGAAUGAAAGAUCCACUGUUGUAACUGCAGGCGGAGCAAAGCAUCAAGACCCAUCCUCGUGAGAGACCCCAUGGAUAUAUUCACAUAUUAAAAUAAUGUUGCAGUUGGUGCGUUUGCAAAAGUCGAUUUACUGCAAUCGUCCAAACGAGACUGAACUUUUAAAUGACAUGCAAACACUUAAACCCACAUCAGAUAUCUCACAUUAGCACUAACAUGCCAAAAUAAUGGAUUUCCUCUUCUUUUCUUUUUCUUCUGCAUGCUCUGCAGUUUGCAAAUCGAAUCUUAACCCAAUAGUUCAACAGCAUGAGCGUGUCAAUACAGAGAGCAUACUCACCUCCGCUGGUUGUAUAACGCGCUGUGCAGCUGUUAGGGGGAGAAGAGAAGGAGAAAUUGAUGUAUCAGGAAAACCUGCGUGGAACCAACAAUAAAGACAGAACUGUGCCAUGAGAAACUUUGUAUAACUGUGUAGCAUGAAGAUAAGAAGUAAAUAUCAGCAUGGCGACUCCAGGGCCAAAUUAGCACUUCUCAUUACAGAGAUGCAGUUGCACAGGUAUCAGCUGACAGUUGAGUUGCUAUGACAGCAAUAGCUUAGAGCUGCAUAUUUGGCGCUUUUCAUCAAUGAUCGGCUCAAGUGAAGUUUUUGAGGUGUGUUUCCAGACUUAAAAGAUCAAACUGUAAGUUUCCUUCACUUUUGCAGACACGCUGCAAAAACAGCCCCACUAGAAAGAAGCAAAAUAUUCUUAUAUUCAAUCAAAUAAUCUUGUUUUAAUCUUAAUAAUCUUGUUUUUUUUUUUUUUCAAAUCUAAUUUUUUCUACAGCAAGCGAUGAAAAAUGAAGAUGAAGUUACUGAAAAUUAGAAUUUUAGUCUCUUGAAUAAAUGAACUUCAAGAAAAUACACCUUAAUCUAGGAUUGCAAAUGAGCAUGACAGUAGUUCAAAUAAGAGAAAAUUUCUUAAAACAGCAAAUAUAAGUGAUGUUGUCUUCAAUCAAGAUACCAAAACAUUCUUAUUAAAUAUAUAUUUUUUAUUCCACAAGCAGGCAUGUGGAAAGCAAACAUGUUCUUUGUUGUUUUGCAGUUUUUAUCUGAUCAUUGUAUUCUGUUGUCUGUUGUACAGAUAAGCCUACUGACAUCUUUAUAUGUCUGAGGCAGCAGAUUCUGUCAGGUUCGGAUGACUUGCAAUAGAAAUCUUACUAAAAAAAAUUAACUGUUUUUGUUUCAUCGCGUUCAUAAAUUGAGAAGUUGUACGUAUGUCUUACUCUUAAAAUGAGACGAAUGAUCUUGUUGCUCCGCUGGAUUUUAUUGUAAAACAUUUUCUACUUUAUUUCUGGUUCAUUCUGUCUCAAAAUUAGCUGGAAUGUCUGAUCAAGAAAAAGUUAGCCAUUCUCUCUUAAAAUUAGAUAAUUUUUCUAAUGCUAAACAUGCUCGACAAGAUUAAUAUUCUUUUUGUACAAAUAAAUAAGACUUAGUUCCUUAAUACAAGGCUGUUUUCCUUUCUUGAAAUUCCUUUUUUGUGGCGCACACGUGAGUUUAAUGGGAUCAGCUCCACUUUCCUUUGACGCAGACCUCUUGCAGAAUAGAAAUUGAUUUAUUUUCAGGUGUGAUAAAAUAUUCUAAUAUCCUGCUUGUUUACCCCACUCUUACAUUUGUAUUCUUUAAUAUCUUCAGAGUAAACACACGACCUGCUUGUUUUGCGCUGCGGUAGAAACCUGAUUAGAUUUCUGCUGAGGGUGUUACGCUGAAUGAGAUCAGGCUUAAAGUGGGAACGAAGCGGUGGACUGAAAACCCUCCUGGAGUUAUGACUCGCAAUCAUCAUUCAUAUUCAGGUUUGAGGAGGGAGACUGGAGAAAAAUAUUCACUUUUAUGGCACAGGUUUGAAAGUCAGGGGCAAACCUGCGACUGGAUGUUGGUGGAUCCAGUUUUCAAAAUAUAAAGAAGACCAAAGCGUAAAGUCGCAUCACUUCACCAAUCCUCCAUCAAAAGAGAAAAACAGUCUUCAGGCUUCAAGUAUUAGUUUUAUUCAUCAUAAUUACCUGAUUAAAUCACUGAUACCCUAAUAAGUUCCAGAUGAAGAAAACGCAGCUUCUCGUCCCAGAUUCUCUGCGGCGUUUUCCUUAAAAUAGGCGGUUUGUUUCUGAGUUUCUGUGAGAUGUUGAGGAGGAACACCAGAGGGAUGAGAAAGAGAGAGAGAGCUGAGGAGCGUUUAGAGAGUAUGCGUGAUAACAAUUUCUCUUUGUGACGCCGCUGAAAGCUGCACGCCUGACAUGUGGUUUAUCACUUUGGCGAUGAUGAGCUGCGCAGAGUUGACAAGAGUUUUCAUUACGUGUAGUUAGAGAGCUGUUGGAUCUUUCUUUAACGUGACAAUCACAGGGCUGCCGCUUUUUCCCAGGGUGCUCUGGAGAUUUAGGCUCGCUAAGCUGUUAUCCAAAACUGAAAAUGUUCAACGUGGAGUUUAUGAACAGAGUAAAUAAAAGGAAACAAAAAGCCGGUGGUUAAUGAAUUUGGCUCAGACACAGCUUCAAUAAAUAUUUACGUUUUUUUUUUUCCAUGGCUGUGUUAUUUCCUGCAGAGCUGAUCUGAAUGGCAGCAACAUUUCAGUGACCGCUGGGGAAUUAUGCAAUCAAAAAUUGUUUAUUUGGAAAGAGAGCACAACCAGCUACAGCCAGUUUGAGCAUCUACUUUUAUACACUUGACUGCUUGAAAACAGAAAUCCCCAAGACAGCGAACUCUACAAGUUCCCCUCAGCAGUGAUUUCUCUGUAAACCUGCAGGAUCUAAACGACGUCUCUGUCCCACACAGGACUGUUCCCAAACCUCCGAGGAAGACCAAAGUGCUGGAGCUGAAGGGCCGGCGGGUUUUCGGGGUGCCUUUACUCCACAGUGUCCAGCAGACUGGAGAGCCACUUCCUCCCAGCAUCCUUAGAGCACUGGUCCAUCUGAGGACGGAGUGUCUGGACCAGGUGAAGAGGGAUUUUAGAAACACUAGGAGGCUUUCUGACAUGUGGGAGCAGUUCUGAACUUUUACUAUUGUCUUAUUUGUUUACUUCUCAGGUGGGUCUUUUUCGAAAGUCAGGAGUGAAGUCUCGUAUCCAGUAUCUUCGUGAGUUGGUGGAGUCCGACCCAGACAGAGUUUCGUAUGACGGUCAGUCUGCGUACGACGUAGCCGACAUGGUGAAGCAGUACUUCAGAGACCUGCCUGAGCCCAUCUUCACCAGCAGACUCUGCGAGUCCUUCCUCCACAUAUAUCAGUGUGAGUAUCUGACAUGGUUUUAAUGGGAUAAAUCAAAUACACGUGGGAUUGUUCAACACAGGUACCUUUACCCUCACAUACUGUUCGGGUCAAAUUUGAGCCGUUUUGACUUUUAACAGCAGUAAAAAUACACUAAACGUCAUUCUUUAAGCCUGAAACUUGAUGACUUUUCCUGAAGUUGCCCAAAAUACAUGAAAUUAAUUUGAAAAUAUUCACAUAUAUUUUUGUUUAUGUGCUACACAUUUUUCCCCUCUAAGGCUGUUACAGGUCAAAUUUGACCCGUGUCUAUUUAGAUGGAUUUUAGAUCUUCUAGUGAGGGACAAAUGACAAACAGUAACAACAGUGUUCAAUAUAAGGUUUGUUGUUCAAAAAGAUAUAUUCAAAUCAUUAUGACUUUUAUAUUUGUAUGUCUUACAUAACAUUAGAUGACAUUAUAUUUACAACGUUGACGUUUAUACUGAUGAUGUUUGUGCUGAUUUUACACUUUUUUCUCCUUUUUCUCUAUGCUAUUUUAAUUUUUGCUCAGCUGCUGCUUUUCAGUUGCCCCUAGGGGAUGAAUAAAGCUAUAGUGAAUUGAAUUGAAAUGAAUUAUCCCGUGUAAUAGAUGUUCUUCUCGAAAAUAUAUAUAUUUCACCAAAAAACGAGUGGUGUUAAAACUGAAAAAAUACACUUUCCCAGCUCUUUGAAACAUUAAUCCACCAAUAACUUCUUAUAUCAAAGUAUUUUUAUAAUCACUUGUUUGCUGGCAAUGAGGACAAGAAAAAACAUCUUUAUCAUUGCAAAUAUGAGUGUAAAGUCUGUGAGAAUUGACCAGACUUUUCAUUUACCAAUUCAUCAUGCCAUUUUUUUCACAUUUUCUUCCAACACUGACGCCCAGAUGAACAUUUUCCAAACAGGAAAUAAUUUAAACUCAUUAUUUUAGUUCAAAUUUGAGUUUGAUGACAUGGGGAAACAAUUACUUAGUUCUGGCUUCUCUGAAUUAAUGAGAAGAAAAUCUACAAAAUACAAAACUUCGUCUGGUUCUCGAUAUUAUUUGCCAAAUUAAAGACACAAUACAAACACACACUGAUAUAUAAACAAUGCAAAUGUCAGGACUAAACUUAAUAGUUCAGCAGUUGGUCUGAAAAUAAUUGUAUAAUCUAACCUGCAUGAGUAUACAUGCAUAAACAGAUAUUUAAUCAUUGACUAGCUGACAUGCUAAUGUUAGCCCACACAUCAUUUACAUUCGACCUGAAGCCUGUAAAAAAACGUUUAAAUGAAGUUUUGUUUGAUAAAAAGUAAAAAAUGGGUCGUCUACUAUAUUUUGCUUUUGUCCAACACCCCUCAACCUCCCCUCUGAACUGUUACCCGGCACUGAAACUUAAUACUCAGCGUUGUGUUUGCAGAUUUUCCAAAAGACCAGCAGCUGGUAGCGGCCCAGGCGGCCAUAUUGCUCCUUCCCGACCAGAACAGGGAGGCUCUCCGAACGCUGCUCUUCUUCCUGCGUGACGUGGUGGCCUGCGUGGACGAGAACCAAAUGACUCCAACCAACAUAGCUGUUUGUCUCGCCCCGUCGCUUUUCCAUCUGAACAACCUGAAAAGAGACGCAAACACAAGCAGGUGAGCCGAGACUUCAGGUCAUGAAAAUAGAGAUUUAGAUGUAAUUUUUGGCACAAAUAUGGUAAGAUGUGGCGUCUGACUCUCAUUGUCACAGUUAUAGCAGUAACAAGGAUGAACUUGAGGAUGAUCUGAGACCAUCUCUGCUGAACUCUGUCCCAUUUCUUACUCGUAAAGUAAAAUAACAGUUCACAUCCUACCUCCAGCCUUUAUUUAUGUGUUUAUAUAUGCCUAAAUUUAUGUCCGUGUGUUUAGAUACUGUACGCCAUUUCUCUCUUCCUGCUUUUGUCGCCUCAUUAAGACGUACAGUUUUCAAACUUCUCCACCCGCACAAGUUACAUCAUUUCUGGAUCGGAUCCAGCUGUAAAACACACACAAACACACACAAACACACACAAACACACAUGAACACACAUAAACACAUGUCUCUUACCCUUCAGGACAGUAUACACAGAGAGCACAUUAUGUAAGCCGGAACAAUUUCCAUCUGACCCCGGCUUCACUCCCUGAUAAGAGAGAUAAUUUCUGCUGGACAGGAGGUCACAUGUAGGAUGGAGGAAGAGGAAGGAAAGGGAGAAUUAAGAGAGGAGGCAGGGCGUGAUGGUCCGGAAUAAUGAUGAUGGCUGUAAAGCUGAAGAUGUCAGAUAGCGUGUGCAUGAGUAUAAUACUAACUCAGAGUUUGCUUUAGUCAUUGGGACAGAAAAUCGAAACGUUGUCCUGAUUAUAAUAAGGAAUUAUUUGAGUAACUGGGUACUUCAGUAUUGGAGUUAGGGUUUGAUAUACAUUAAAAUAUACACUCCACAACAACUUUGACGACACUGUUUAAAGCAAAAAAGUUUAGACAGAGAAGGUAAAUGCUGAUAAUCUCUGUGACCACCUGUAUGUAAGUGCUGCUAAAUGCAGAUUAGGUGUUUAAGGCUAUUCAGCGCUGAUUUGUGAUUUUUAAUGAUCAAGUAAUUCGAGUUAUUUGAGGAAGUGUUUCAGCCCGAAAUUAUUGAAAAAAUCAAAGUGUAAUGCCCUAAUUCUGCAAACAAAAAGUAACUUCAAACAACUUAUUUUAAAGGGUUAUUUCAGUCAUUUUGACGUGGGGGUUUGAUGACGUGAAGCUGCUGGGGGCGCUGCUAUGAAAGCUAGGCUACAGCUCCCUGCAGACACGACCGAGUCCACCACAGAAAAGCGACUCUGACCCAAGAACUCAUCCUGGUUGCAGGAAACUUUGCCCUCACAAAGCCUGUUUAAGCUCCUGUAGACAGAAAAUAGUCAAAUCCAUAUGAGGAGUUUUCCUUUAGCACUGUUUAGUUGCUGCCACACCCUUUUUCAUCUUCCUCUUCCUCUCUAAACAUCUUCUUCAGUGUUUUCUCUUUCCUCCUGUCACUCUCCUGCCUCCGCCCUUUCAUCAUCUUUCUCUGCCACAUUUUUCUUCUCCUCUGCUCAUUUUCCUCCUGUCAUACCUCCCAUCCUCCUUGUUUUCUGUUCCCAUACUUGUAAUCACUUUCUCUCCCUCUUUAUUUUCACUAGCUCCUCUUCCUAGUGUACUAUCCUCCCUUCCUUUCACCCCCACCUCUUCCUCUUUGCACGUCAGCUCUUUUCCUCCCUUCAGGCGGACGGGACAGUGGAUGGAAAUGACAUAACGACACAAUCAGCACUUUGUACCUCCCGCCUGUCAGAAAUCAUGUCACACUGUGGCGGGAACAAUAACUCGGAAAAUUGACUCCAGCUCGCAGCUGUUCUCCCACAGAUUUGUGCAAUAUCAUCACGCCGCUUUUCUUGCUCGUGUAUUUACAAAAACGUUUGUCCGUACUCGGUCAUUUAUUCUCUAAUGGUCCAAAGCUACCGUUUGGCGCAGCUAAGCUCGUUUUAAGUGUCAAUAACACUCGAAUUGCUGCUCUGUGGUGUCUGAUUUGUUCUUUUUUUUCUACUAAAGCAGCAUGAAAGAUAGAACUUUAUAUCAAAUAAAAUCAAGAAAAACAACUUCCUGGGAAUCUGUCAGCUUUCAGUGAUGAAACAUGAAAGCUUUCCAGAAUAACCUGAAUCUGUCAGCAGCACUGAUGGUGACGCGGUGCCGCUGUUUCCUUCCUUAGCUGACUGGCACAGAUACGUGACGUCAACAAAUCACAACAGCGUCUUUUAUUUCCCACCAGUAUCUCCAAACACAUGAAACAUUACAGUGGAAAUAAAUGCUCAGAGCUUUGUGUCUGUUCACAAGUUCUACACAAAAUGUAUCCGGGGGUCUGGGUUUGAGGAGGAAGUAUUUUGGUUCCGGGUGCAGGUGCAUCGGUCGUCCAGUUAGUACCAAAUAGAAUAUAAUAGAAAUCUGGAUGUAAAUUAUAAAUCAAACUUUUAUACUUGAACAACAGACCCACUUGAGGCUGGUCAGCUGGUCAGCGUUUCCUUUUCCUGACUCCCUUGAAUGCAUCAGAAAUGACAGUUCUGACCUCCAUUCAACUAUUAUUUCAAAAGUUUACGUCUCCUCUUGACGACGGACUGGAAAAAGCUUGAAAUUGUACUCGGUGUUGUUUUAUAUCAGCAAACUUAAAUGCAAACAAACGACAAACAAACACAUUUUCUUAAAGGUUCAUACCACUGAAUUAAGCCAGAAUGAGUCCAGAAAAUGCUGUUUUUUUGUGUGCAGCUGUCAGUCAUGUCUUACCCCAAAUUUAGGGGUCUGAAUGAUCCAAACAGCGUGCCACAAGAAUAAUUCACUAAAUAGUUUAUGAAAUCUUCUUUUAAAUGCGUUAUUAUGACCUAAAGAGGCUGUUUUAAAACUAAAAAUAAACUUCAGGACUCGUCUUCCUCACUAAGUAUCCAGUAUGCUUCGGCAGUAAAGAGAUCUUCUUGCAUCUUUGGGCUCCAUCUUCUGGGUAAAAGAGUGUACUGCAAUUAAAAAAGAAAAAAAAAAAACUUAGUAUUUUCCACUUGUAUGUUGGUUCUGCAGAUGUAAAGGCCACCUUUUCCACAGCAUAGUUGACUGGUUUUCUGGUGGGUUCUGUUUGCCAGGAUUCAGUUUCCUUUUGGACUCUGUUUCAAAACAUUCAAUGUGAUCUUGACCUUGUUUUUUCCAUUGUUGCUGCAGGUCGAGUCACAGGAAGUACAGCUUGGGCCGCCCAGACCAGAGGGACCUAAGCGAGAACCUGGCUGCCACCCAAGGCCUCGCCAACAUGAUCACAGAGACCCAAAGACUCUUCCAGGUACAGAAACUGAACAUCCAGAAACUUUACAAGUGACGAUAAAUACAUCAUGACAUUUAAAACAACGAUCAAAUUCUCUCCGUAGCUUCCAGAGUUUUGGCCCGGUCAGUGUGUUAAUGCUGCAGGACCCGCUGAGGACUCUCCAUCUGAGGAGGGAGGAGGUCCAGGCUCCUCCUGUCAGAGCGGAGGUGAAGAAGAUCAGGAGGAGAGGAGGAGAAAGCUGCAGCAGAGCACCGAGCUGCUUCUGAAGGAGGCCAGAGAGAAGAGCAGAGGCUGGGAGAGUCAUCCAGCUCCUGAGCACGUGGAUCUGGCCUUCAAGAAGGUACGCAUAGAGAGGGAGGAGAUGUAGACAAUAAAUUCAGUGUCAUAGGGAUGCGUUGAAAUGAGAAACGUUACCAAAGAUGGCUCCUUUAAAUCUUCCUCUUCUCCUCUGCAGAUGGAUGACGCCUGUCCUCUCUGGAUGUGGCGCGGUGUGGUGGAGGUUGACGCCCCCCAGAUGGAGCUGCUCCACCGGCUGCUGAGAGAGCAGGCGCUGUGGGAGGGAAACCUGAGCCAGGCCGCCGUCAUCCAAACUUUAUCCAAGGACACGGAGGUCUACCACUACGUCCUCAAGAACCAGGGUCACAGCCUGGGCUCUCAAUCCCCACAGGAGCAUCUGCUGCUCAGGUAAUGAGGCACGGCGAGCCCCAGGCUUCACAAGGCCUCCGGGUCUCGAACCUGCUGAGCUCCAUGAGGCGGAGAGAACAGAGGAGUCAAACUGAAACCACUCUGAAAGUCUGAGACAGAAAUCUGUUUUUGUGUAAGCUGAUAAAAAUUUAAUCCCACCCUGAAGUCAGAUGAGACAUGACAGUAUCUGUGUUUACAGCUGGAUCACCUCACACCGUGUUACUCUGACAUAACUCCUCGUUAUUACAGCAAACAUGAACUCAGAAGUACCCAAGAGUGAGGCGUUAAAAUCAGUGCUGCUGCAUAAUGCAGACGAUCGAGCAAACCACAGAGAAAUGUUUUUUUAUUGUCAUGAAACUAAAGAGAAAAAAAGCAACAACAUUCUGCUGCAUCUCAUGAUACCGUCUCUCUGUUCCUGUUCGCCUGAGGCUCAUUAGUUCCUGCUAAAUACUUUAAAAACAUGUCAUGAAAAUGAAGUUUUAAAAACAGGCUCGGAAUCACAGGUUAUUUAUGAUACAGGAAACAAAAAGACGUUCCUGUGUUGGGAGGGAACGGUGAAUUUGGAGGUCAUUUUUUGUGCGUUUAGUGCCCGGGUGAGUAUUUAGGGCAGGAUGACGCCGUUUGUUGGAUUGGUAUUUGAUGUGUUUUUAAUGGAUAACAAUUUAGGCACACGGCACAGAGGGAGAAGACACACCAGACUUCAGAGCAGAGAUAAUGUUUCUGUCUUUUCAUUAUGUCCAGGGGCAUGUCCAGACUUUUUAGACAGGGGUGGCAUGAAGUAAAAUAUCAAUAUAAAUAUGCCGAUACCAUUUUUUCUGCUGUGAGGGGGUCGGUGACAAACGACUAGGAAAGGAACUGCAGAGGUGGGGAGGGAAAACCAGGAAAGGGGCCACCUGUUUGAGGACUAGAUCCUCUGACCUGUUAUCUUCCUCGGCUGAUUAUUCGGGGUCUAAAAAAGUGUGCCAUGAUUCAUUAACUGAAAAAAUCUACAGCACUUAUUGACAGAUAAGUCUGACACGUUUUCAUCCUUCUCAGGACCUGGCAGCCAGACCCGUCCUCCGGCCCCCUGUACCUCUCCUCUGUAUCCAUGGAGCACCCUGAGGUCCAAUCAGAGGGAGUGAGAGCCCACGUCCACUCCUGUCUGUACCUGCUUGAGCCGACAGGAGCCUUGAAGACCAGACUGACACACCUCUGUCGAACGGACACCAGGUGAGGACACAGGGGGUGUCUUUUGCUCCUUCACUCAGUGUCUGAAAGUGAAAGGGCACAGUGAGCUGAGAGAGGAUUUAAGAUAAAUAUCUAGUGAGCUUUCAGUCCAUCUCAUCUGUCUUAAUUGAGCCUGUUCUGUGUUCUGACCUCUGCAGCGUCUAUCUGCAACACUAUCACAGCCUCUCUGUAGGUGGGAGUGAGAAAGAGAGGAAGAAAGGCUUUCCUCCUCAUGAUUCACGCCUUUGGAAACUAGGUUGCUGAAUCUUUUUGGCUGCUUACAUGAUCGGUUUGAGUCUCUGAAGACCCUGCAGCUCGAUUUGUCUCCGCUGAUUGAAUGAAAUAAACGCACCUGUGUGAUGGAGAGCAGGUGGCAGCAGCAGCUCUUACAGAGGGUCCCUGUCAUCAGGCUGCAGGACUGUGCAGAUUCUGCUUCAGGGGGAAAUUCACUAGAAUGGAUUCUCAGCAGGAAUCUCUGUCAUCAUCCUAUUCUUGUGAUGUGCAAGUGCAAAAAUGCCUGUAAAGUUUUGCAGCUCUGUGCAGUUUGCUCUUGUAUUGCGUCUCACGAUGAGAUGAACCGUCAGCAUCUCCAGUCUGCUCCUCGUGGAGCUGUGCAUUCAUCCUGAGGGGCUUCGAUCUGUCCACAAACAGAGGAUGAGCUGACCAAAGACCAAGGCACACUGUCAUGAAUAAAAAUGACUUCAAAUUUCUUAAAACAGCCGACCUUUGGUUACUUUUAGACAUUUGCCAUGGUAAAAACAGUCUUUGUCUCUCUCUGGUUGUCAGAUAAGUGUGUUUUUUUUAAAGAAGGUGCUUGCUAAAUUUACUCUUCCGCAUUUUUGCAAUAAAACAAAACAACUCAGAGCAGACAGGAGCAAAUGCAGAAGAGAAAUAAGCUUUAGGACCACUUUCCAUAAACAGAGCGGCAUCUUUCUGCUGUUACAUAAGAGCGAUCCUGUAAAAAUAGAGGAGAAAACACCCAGAGGGAUGGAUGCUGUCUGUCUGUCUUUGUCACUUCCUCUCUUCUUUAAUUUCCUCUCCUGACUGAGCUCAGGCUAAACGUCUUUGCAGCACCAGCCUGUCUUAUUUCCUUCGACAUUAAUUUAAAGUGCUUGUUAGGUUUCAAGGCAAGACAACAGAUCCAGAGUAUCCAGGUCAGUGGAGCUUUUUACAGUCCAGGCCUGUGAAACCGAUCCUAUCUCCUGCAGAGGAAAUGAAACACGUUAUGGCCUCAGUGAGUCAGAAACAUGAAGGUUGUUUUGUUUGGCCUGCAGACGCUGAAAAGUAAAGAUCAGGCGCUCAUAAAAGAUACAAACAAAUAUAACUUUUAUGGUAAUGUGGUGGAUAAAUUGCUGUGAGAUGUAAACACUGCAGUGCAUAAAACAGAGUGAGUGAUGCAGCUGAAGAGGAAACCAGAAUGUGGAGGCCCCUCUCCUUAAAACAACCCUGAACAAAUAAGACCACCAGACCCUGAAAGGUGUGCAGAGGUAUCCUGCACCAAGUCCUGGAAGUUGUGGGAAAGUUUGAUCGGAUUGAAGAAUUUUGAGGCAAGGGUUAGUAUCCUGAACUCUUGGGUGUCUCUAGACCACUGUGGUCAAUAUCUGAUACUUAGUGUAGCCUCUCUUAGGGGUAGACAGGGUCAGCUUAAAGGUGGGGUUGGCAGGAUUUGAGGAAGUGCCAGUUUUGGGGAGAAAUCUUAAAUCCCAACCAGUUUUCCCCUCAGCUUCUCCUCUCCCCUCAAGCCCCGCCCACAAACAGACGCUCCUGCUCGCUCGUAUUGUUCCAAUUAAAUUCAGAUAUAAUGCAGAUAAAUACUUCAGAUCAUUACAAAUGGGGCCCAGUCAAGGUGAAAGUCAACAGCAUUGGUGCUACUGUAGAUGCCAACAGACUACCAGCAAACACAAUGUUUGCAGGACUUCUACAACGAGGAUAAAGUGACAUAGUCCAGGACCCGAGGGAGGACAGUUUAGCGAUGGCGCUACAACACGCUACAGCAGGUCCAUUUGACAAGAAACACUUCUGUUACAGACACUUGUCUUACUUUGUUAAAGCGGUUUACCUGUCCAGCAGAAAGGUUACAGGGUCACCAAGAUCCCCAAGCGUCCCCCAUCGUUUAUGUUGACCCGGCUUUUUAGCUCUUGUCCGGUCUACCUCCGUUUUAAGCGCCCGUUAUUCCUCCAGAGUCUCCGGUAUUUACUUUGUUUUCUUGCUUGUGUCGGCAGUCGUGGCCAAAGGAGGAUUCAGACAAUUUUCCGAACUUUCUGGUUGGUUUCUACUGUCCGAUAUUGUAGCACGCUAACUUUGUUUGGGCUCCUGAACGACACGGGGGAGCAGCGUCUGCCUCACAACCAAUCAGGAUGUGAAACGUGGGGAAUGAAUUUUUAAAAUGUUACUACACAGAAAUAACAAAAACACAGCGAUAUCGUUAUAUUCCCAAAUGUCAUCAACAACUAAUAACUAUUGACUGAUAUUAAAAGCUUUUUUGUAUAAACACCACAAAAAAAGAAGCAUUUUUAACAGAUUCCUGCCGACCCCACCUUUAAGCACUUCUCUUAGUGUUGGUAAGUCAAGCUCAAUUCAAUCAUCUAAAAUUUAUGUGAACACAAAAAUAAAAUCUUUGUGAAGGUUGAAGAUGAAAGCAAAACACAAUUUAAACAGAGGACCGAAAACAGACCCCUGAGGAACGCCACGGCAGCUGUUUUUGAAACCUAAAAGUUUCUGAUAAGUAGAUUAUUUGUUGUAGCUUUUGAUGUUUUUUUUUAUGAAGGAUAGGAUGGUGGGUGGAAACGGAAGAAUAGGGGAUAAUAUGCAGCAAAGGGCAGUGAACUAAUGUACUCUCUUUUCGCAUUAACUAAGAGACACAUUUUUACUUUUCCAAACAUUAUCCAUACUCGUGUUUUUAUCAUCUAAGGAUGUGACAUAUUCACCAGAAUCAGACACUCGACACAGAUUCUUUCCCCUGCAGGGUUUUAAAGAUGUAUAUGCAAAAUGUUUAUUCAUGACUGAAUGAUGCUUUUAUGCUCACUCCAAAAAGUCUUUAACCAUUAUAUAAUCAUAAAUCUGAAACCCAGUAGGCAUGUGCUCUCUAUCUUUAUCUGUGUGGAAAAACAGCAUCCUAAAUAAGACCUGGAAAAGGCUGUUUGGGUGUUUUUCUCCCAAAGUUUUGAACAAAGUUUGCAGCAUCGAUUCUGAAGUGGAAAUUAGGUCUUUAAUGGAGAUCUCUAGGAAACAAAACUGGAAAAUAUGCUCCUGACUUUUCUUUUUUUCUCGUCUGUAGCAGUUAAAUUUAAAGCAGAGGAAGUCUACUGCUGUAGAGUUUUCUUGGCUGAAAUGUCUCCUCUGUUUUUUUCUGUCAGGGGCCGGUCACAGGAGUGGCACAGCAAAGUGAGCGGACAUCUUCUGGCAUCUGGACUCCUCUCAAUCAAGGACUUAUUCAGACCGGAGCACAAAGAGACAAAGAUAUGAGGAACCAGAUGAAGAUGAGAAACCAAUCUUGUCCGUUUGAACCGUGUGAAAGAAGUCUGGAGGAAAAGGAGACUGCGGCGUCAUUUUCAGGAAACUUUCUCCAAGUUUUUAAAAGUAAAACUCGAGGCCCGGUGCACGGCGAGCGUCGAAGGUGACCCGCGAUGGCUUCCCCUAAACCAUUUGUCUCUCCUCCUUUUGUGUGCUCGCUCUUUUGUCAGUGACCUUGCAGUUUGCCAGCAGCACCUCUGCGCUCCCUGCUGUGCCGAUACGCUUCACACUCAAAUAAAUGCAAACUAUGGCGUGCUUCGACAGAGGACGUUUUGAUGGGAGGAUGAAAAGCCGAGGCCUGAUUUGACUUCUAAAGGAGGGAAAAGGCCGAGACGGGAGCAAGUGGACAAUGUAGUAAAAGUUUUAUCAUGAACCUACAUGCUGCUCGCCCAUUUCUUACCUAAUAUAUGUUGAGGGAACUUAAGGUGAAAAAGUCAUCCCCCUCAGUGGAUUUCUUUUCCAUAUUACAAGAAAUAUUCUGGGGAAGCAUACGGCAGCGGCAGGAAAUAAGACCAGAAAUCAUCAGGAAACAGACUUUUAGCCACCAGGAAUUUGGCCUGAGUUAAAACAGACAGAGGAAGAGGGGAGAGCAGGAACACAAAGGCAGAAACAUCACAAAGAGACACUUAGUUCUGCUGCAGUUCUGCACCUUCGUCUUACACCGUACUGUCUGUGAAUUUAGAUUCAUCAGUAAUUAGCUUGGAUAACUAUGUGAUACAAACAGAGCCGUUAUAACUAUUUUAUAACUAUAACUAUUAAAACUGUUAUUUAGGUCUGUAGCAACUCGGCUCACAGCUCCUUCGACUUUAAAGCCUCGGAGAAACAAUGGCUUUUGUGAUUUCAAGUUCACCAGUUAGUGUGUGGGUUUUAGCCUGCCGUGCUGUUGCUCCUGCUUUGUCAUGUGAACAAAGAUACACCAACAAACAAAUGUGCAGAUAUUGAACUGAAACAAUGCGAGUCACCUGGCUUCCUCCUUAUCCAACAUUGGAGUCUGUGACUUUCAGGGGAAAAGUCAUGGACCACCGAUGCAGCUCUGGACAAAAUGAGGCUGUGAAACACAAAAGGACGGCUGCAGAAGAAGACGCUCGGUGUGGAUUAUUUUGGCUAAUCCAAAGACAUGUUUCUCUGUACCAAACCCAGAAAACCCUGUGGAUGUCCUCCUCCUUUUUUGUAAAUUUUAAUGACUGAUUUUCCUGUGACUCCAACCCUUUUUUUUUGAGUGUGUGGCAUUUCAAGGACUAGCGAUAACUACCUCGACACAGGACAACGCCACAGUGGUGCAGUCACGAAGCAAGACAAAGUUGUGAAUCGACAGCAGGCGCCACAAAAGCUUUAUGUGUUUUCCUGCCCUGUGACAAAAAUCGAACCAGACACGAACUGUUCCUGAAAACGUUUGUAUUUAUUCUGAGAGCAGUUUUAUUUCAUGCGUUGUUUAAGUGUUCAAAGCCUGCUUGCCUUACAUAGUCCAUUAUGCUAUCAUAAAGAAGCGUGUGCAUGUACAUUUUUACAGUCAUCAUUCACUAUCACAGAUUAUUUAACAGAAAGUGUAUCUUCAAAUCUAUAUCUGUAAACAGAUCUUUUAUUUAAUUUGAGCUCUUUGAAUUUGUUAUCUUGUUUUAGCGAGUGUGAAAUCUAAACUUAUCGGUGCCAAAUACUUAAUUAAAAUGUUUAUUUCUCAUGUCUUCUGUUGUUUCUUCUCUCUCCUCUGUGAUUUGAACGAGUGCCAAACAGAUUACCGGCUGUAAUUUCAGAGGAAGGUGGGGAAGAAGCGGGCAGUGUUAGAGAUGAGGUGUCACACUGCGCCACUGAAGCACAAGAGAUUAAUAAAGCUGGCAGCACGAUCGCUCUGCAGCCUUCCAAAACCUCCAGACUCUCUGCCUUUUCUCCUGCUCACAAAACCCCAUCAAAUCUAAUUUACACAAGUCGUAUUUACAUAUCAUAUUGAUUCAUCUGAGAUCAGAUAUUUGAUAAAUGCUCAGAGCAGGAGACGGAAAAAUGGGAUGUAAAAAUAUUUCUUGUGGCGAGGACAUCAUGCUAAACAGGAUUUUACGGGGAGAGGAAUAAUUUAUGCUGAUUAGAAAUAACAAUCUCUGAAGUGCCUGCAGGCUCCUCUAAUUCCUGUACGAGUCUGUUUCUUUCACAUGGAGCUCAAACGCAAUGAAGUGAACUUAAGAUGAACUUAAGUUUAAAAGUUUAAGGACAAUUCAAGUACUUUUUUUAACCUGGGAUUUUUCUUCUUUAUGUUUUUAAGGACUAAGGAAGACCGAGCAAAUUUACUUCAGUCUUUUCUUGCACCUGGUGUUUUAUGCAACGUGAUUUCUAAUGUGUGUGUUCAGUCCAACUCGAAAAGUUUGGUGUCGACCAUCCCAAACUGACAAACACAUGCCAGGCCAGUUGUUGGCGCCAAUGUGUGAUUAAUUUGUCAAAACAACGUACUAGAACAUUGCCUUCAUCUUCUGUAGACUGCAUACAGAGUUAAAACUAUUGGGCUUUACGUAUUUAAUCCUUUAAAGUUGCAGUAAAAUGAUGAAGAACAGACUGAACCUGCACAAAUAUGUCAGCCGUAAUCUUUACCAUCCACAGGAGAUAUCGUUGUUUGUGAGGAUGUUUUUCUAUAAACCCAUUUUUCUGUGACCUUAAUGAAGGGUGACAGUCCCCAUUUUGGAUGACUUGUUCCUGGCUAAAGCUGUCCCCUGAAAAUGUCCCAGAUUUUAGCAUUUUAUGGAUGAGAAAAAAAAAACGUUGCAUGUCGUGUAGACCAACGAUUAUAACCCUAACAGAACAAUCACAACACCAA